CCUCUUCCAGCUGGCAGCAGAGAGAAAGAGACAGAAACGCCACCGAGCCUCCAACUGAGGAGUGAGAAUCUACAGCUUGGCCUCACGGCGCACUCAUUCGGGCUCUAACUGCAUCGUUCUCCGCAGAUAUCCACCACCUUUCUUUCUCAUAUUUUCACGUUGUUGAAGGUGCAUGCUUAGACGUAGUGGCGGUGCACUUGUACGACACAGGAUAUAACAGUGAUACUGAAAGACUCAAGAUGACCACUUCAUGGAGUGACAGACUUCAGAAUUAUGCAGACCUGCCAGCCAACAUGGACAGAAUGACAAUGAAAAAAUACAGACGAGAGCCAUACCAUAGAGUGUUUGUCAACAGAAGCUUGGCAAUGGAGAAGAUUAAGUGCUUUGGCUUUGAUAUGGAUUACACUUUAGCAGUGUAUAAGUCCCCAGAAUAUGAGUCGCUUGGAUUUGAGCUUACAGUGGAGCGGCUGGUUUCCAUCGGUUACCCACAGGAGUUGUUCAGCUUUGUCUACGAUCCGUCCUUUCCUACCAGGGGCCUUGUAUUCGACACUAUGUACGGAAACCUGCUGAAGGUCGACGCCUACGGUAAUAUUCUGGUCUGCGUCCAUGGAUUCAACUUCCUCAGAGGCCCUGAGAUCCGUGAGCGCUACCCAAACAAGUUCAUCCAAAGAGAUGAUACAGAACGCUUUUAUAUUCUCAACACACUCUUUAACCUGCCAGAGACUUACCUCUUUGCAUGCCUAGUGGAUUUCUUCUCCAACUGUGAUAGGUACACGAGCUGCGAAACAGGAUUUAAAGACGGCGACCUCUUCAUGUCUUACAAGAGCAUGUUCCAGGACGUUCGCGAUGCUGUAGACUGGGUUCACUUCAAGGGUACAUUGAAGGAAAAAACCGUGGAGAACCUUGAGAAGUAUGUCGUGAAAGAUGGAAAGUUGCCUCUUCUCCUCAGCCGGAUGAAUGAAGUUGCCAAGGUGUUUUUGGCUACCAACAGCGACUACAAAUACACUGAUAAAAUCAUGACUUACCUGUUUGACUUCCCCCACGGUCCUAAGCCUGCUACUUCACACCGACCAUGGCAGUCUUACUUUGACCUCAUCCUGGUGGAUGCCAGAAAGCCACUGUUCUUCGGUGAAGGAACCGUGCUACGACAAGUGGAUACGACAACAGGGCGACUGAAGAUUGGCACAUACACAGGACCCUUGCAGCAUGGUAUUGUUUACUCUGGAGGCUCCUCAGACAUCGUGUGUGACCUGCUUGGGGCCAAAGGCAAAGACAUUGUGUACAUUGGGGACCAUAUCUUUGGAGACAUACUCAAGUCCAAGAAACGACAAGGCUGGAGGACUUUUCUGGUCAUACCUGAGCUUGCCCAGGAGCUGCAUGUGUGGACCGACAAGAGUUCUUUGUUUGAGGAACUGCAAGGUCUGGACAUUUUCUUGGCAGAACUCUACAAACAUUUGGACAGCAGCAGCAACGAGAGGCCCGAUAUCAGCACUCUCCAGAGAAGAGUCAAGAAAGUCACACAUGACAUGGACAUGUGCUACGGCAUGAUGGGUAGCCUUUUCCGCAGCGGCUCCAGGCAGACUCUGUUCGCCUCCCAAGUGAUGCGCUACGCAGAUCUCUACGCAGCUUCCUUCAUCAACCUGCUCUACUAUCCAUUCAGCUACCUCUUCAGAGCCGCACACGUCCUUAUUCCGGCCUCACCAAGUGUCUGGCGAGCCACGUCGUGCACUUCCAAAGACAAUCUCGCAGCCUGCCGAAGUAGUCCAAACCAGGUUCGACCUCCACCUCUGCCUCUGGUGGAGGUCCACACAUCAGAUCCACAGAUGCCCCACGAGUCGACGGUGGAGCACGCGCACGUGGACAUUGACGCUGAGUCGCCGCUGGCCACGCGCAACCGCAACCACUGUAGUGACUGCAAAGAACUGGAGUGCAAACGCAACCAGCUGACCCGCUCCUUCAGCGAGAUCAAGCCUCCCAACCUAUUCCCUCAAACCCCGCAGGAGAUCACCCACUGCCACGAUGAGGACGAUGACGAGGAGGAGGAGGAAGAGGAAGAAGAGGAAGAGGAGGAAUGAAAUUUUAGCCAUUUUGAGGUUUUCUGUUUUGAGGCAAGGUGGGAAAUACUUCACCGUGUGUGUGUGUGUGUGUGUGUGUGUGUGUGUGUGUGUGUGUGUGUGUGUGUGUCAGUCCGUGACAUUUUAUAGUGUGACAGACCAGCAGACAAACAGGAUCACACGACCGUCACACAGCUGCAUGCAUGACACCUUCUUAAAAAAAGAAGGCUUAUUUUUUUUUUCGUUCCAAAUCGAUUUGAUUCAAAUUUACCAUUGUCGUCACUAGACGGAAGACACUCCUCCACUGAGGUAUAACGUAACUUUUUCAGGCCUUAAAUACGGAUAAGCUGGCUUCAUGCAUGACACACACGUGUGUCAGCAUCCUGUGUGAAGAGGGUCUUCAAUCAAAUUGAUUACAAUUGAUUUUUUUUUGACCGUUUGUUUAUGCAAAAUGGGAACAAUGUGUUUGUUUGAUUUCCAUGACAUUUUUUGACGUCUUGUUUCUGCCUGCCAUAAAAUGCAUUAUGGGUGAUACUGACAUGAAGAAUUGCUAAACGACGUCAGUGUUCAGGUGGCCGUUGACUCGUUAUAUGGUUACCAAGCAACACUGAGAACACAGUAUACUGUACAACAGGCUGAUAAUCGCUAUGACAACAGUGAAGUCGUGCUUCUGGAAAUAACUGUCAGGUGGAGACAGCUGAAGAAGCCAAGAGACAGUAUUUUUAUAGGAAAACAAAACUUGAGUGUUGCAUUUAUUUUUUGGGGGGGGGUUGGAUAGUUUGCUGCAAUGGGCCUCCAUCUGCAAAGCAAAUGCAAAGCAAAUGCAAAACAUCCUGGGAUUUCUAAAGCUGUUUGUGUUUAUGCAGAGACCAAACGGUUCAAACUGAAGUCAAAGGCUCUCUUGGAACAGUGCCAAUUAUUUGCUUUCUUUUUGUUGACUUUGUAAGAUUUGUUUCUUGCCUUUUUGUGAUCCAGACAUGCAAACAUACACAGGUACUUAUGACAGAACCUUAAAAAAAUACAACUUUAGGAAACAUAACAAAUCAGUAUCUUUUUUUUUCUUUAUUUUAUUUAUUAUGAUAAUUUUUACAAAAUGAAUAUUUGUACUUUAGGGUUUAACUGUGUCUUGAACUUGGCACAUUUGUUUGCGUAACUUUAACAUAUGCACAUGAGAAGAGACCUCAUUCUUUUUUUUCAGUGUAAGCAUUUUGGAAAUGUAUUCACUGCAGUUUACACAGAACAAAACUGUUAACCCAAGCUGAAACUACAAAAAAAAAAAAAAUGAAGGAAAAUUGUGAAUAGCGUUAAAAGCUGUAACUAAAUGUUAAUUAUAAUCAACAACUUUUUGGGUCAUUUUUAUUUUUCUAAGCUCGUGUUUGAAAGGGUUUCUGUUUAUAGAAGUAUAAGUGGUUUCUUACCAUUGUUUCUUAAUUUUUGUAACACACCACACAGGCUUUGAGCCUAUUGACAGUUUUAGUGGACUGAAGUCAAUGCAUGAACGGAGAUUUUGUUUUUUUUCUCCUGCCAUGAUGCCCUGAAUGCAUCCUUGUUAGUAGGGUGUGUUGUCACUGUCAUCUCUCGUUUUCCAAACGACGGUUAUCUUUCAUUUUUAUGCAUACCCCUUGUAUGUACUCAUGCUUCUGCAAUUUGUACACUGAGGGAAAUGACCUACAAAUGUAUAAUAAAGAUAGUUUUUCAUA